AUCAUCCAUCUCCCUGCUUUCCACCACCCCGUCUCCCUCUAUCAGUCUGACCUUGCUGCAAAUCACUUAAUAGCAUAGCCCCAUUGCUACUUCACCUCUGAAUCUGAUCCAAAAUGUCACGACGCUACGAUUCUAGGACCACCAUCUUCUCGCCAGAAGGUCGACUGUAUCAGGUCGAGUACGCCCUCGAAGCCAUCUCACAUGCCGGUACGGCUCUGGGGAUCCUCGCCAAGGAUGGCAUUGUCCUCGCGGCGGAGAAGAAGGUGACGAGCAAGUUGCUUGAGCAAGACACAUCUGCAGAGAAGCUUUACACAUUGAACGAUAACAUGAUUUGUGCUGUCGCCGGUAUGACCGCCGAUGCGAACAUCCUGAUUAAUUAUGCUCGACAAGCAGCCCAACGCUACCUUAUUACCUAUGGCGAAGAAAUUCCUUGCGAGCAACUCGUCCGCAGACUCUGCGACUUGAAGCAGGGUUACACCCAGCACGGUGGUCUCCGUCCGUUCGGUGUUUCGUUUAUCUACGCCGGCUACGAUCAUCUCCGAGAGUUCCAGCUGUACCAGAGCAACCCCAGUGGUAACUAUGGUGGAUGGAAAGCGACCAGCGUUGGAGCAAACAAUGCUAGUGCCCAGAGUCUUCUGAAACAGGACUAUAAGGAGGAUUGCGACUUGAAGGAGGCAUGUGCCAUGGCUGUUAAGGUUCUGAGCAAGACGAUGGACUCGACGAAGCUAAGCAGUGAAAAGAUUGAAUUCGCAACCGUCGGCAAGACGAAGGAAGGGAAGAUUUACCACCACCUGUGGAAUGCAGAUGAGAUUAAUGCUUUGCUCAAAGAGCAUGGGCUAGCCAAGGUCGACGACGAGCCCGAAGCUGGUGACAUAAAAUAGAUAGAGUUACGGAUCUCUGCUUUUGCUCGACCUAGAUAAUGCCAGCUGUUCGUUGACCUUGUCGCGCCCAAACAGAUGUCGCUGAGGGUAUAGGGUCUACUUACUCCAGACACGUAUAUCCUUGACCUUUUAGCUUCUACUCGGAAACAAAGCCAUUCAGAUUGUAUAUGUCGCCUGCUACACCUGCAUCUGAAGCACAACCAGCGUUGCCCACUGGUGACGUGGCAAGCAGCGACAUCAC